AGCUCAUUGCAGCGGGGCGGCGGCCAUUUUGUGGGAUAGAGAUCCAGAGCCGGAGGGAGACAAGGGGUUUGAUCAGCUCCCGACGGCUCAACUACCAACGAUCUUCACAAAUCUUGUUCGGCAGUUUUUUUAAAAUAAAGGAAAACUUAUACACAUUUUCCAAAUUCAGGGUGAUAAAACUGCUCCUUGAUAAAGAUCCGUCCUGUUGCUCCAGCGGGUACUCGGGUAAAAGGGAGCAAUGGAUGAGAAGGCGUUCACCAAGGAGCUGGACCAGUGGAUCGAGCAGCUCAACGACUGUAAACAGCUGACCGAAAGCCAAGUGAAGACGCUAUGUGAAAAGGCUAAAGAAAUUUUGACGAAGGAGUCAAAUGUGCAAGAUGUGCGAUGUCCUGUCACAGUCUGUGGAGAUGUUCAUGGGCAAUUUCAUGACCUUAUGGAACUUUUUAGAAUUGGAGGGAAAUCACCAGACACAAAUUAUCUUUUUAUGGGAGAUUAUGUUGACAGAGGUUAUUAUUCAGUUGAAACAGUUACACUCCUUGUAGCUCUUAAGGUGCGUUAUCGUGAACGUAUCACAAUACUUAGAGGGAAUCAUGAAAGCAGACAAAUUACACAAGUAUAUGGUUUCUACGAUGAAUGUCUAAGGAAAUACGGAAAUGCCAAUGUGUGGAAGUAUUUUACAGAUCUCUUUGAUUAUCUUCCACUCACUGCCUUGGUUGAUGGCCAGAUUUUCUGCCUCCAUGGAGGCCUUUCACCUUCUAUAGAUACUCUGGAUCACAUUCGAGCACUUGAUCGCCUUCAGGAAGUUCCACAUGAGGGUCCAAUGUGUGACUUGUUAUGGUCUGAUCCAGAUGACCGUGGAGGUUGGGGUAUUUCUCCUAGAGGUGCUGGCUACACCUUUGGUCAGGAUAUUUCUGAGACAUUUAACCAUGCUAAUGGCCUUACAUUGGUUUCACGGGCUCACCAGCUAGUAAUGGAGGGUUACAACUGGUGUCACGAUCGCAAUGUAGUAACCAUCUUCAGUGCUCCAAACUACUGUUACCGUUGUGGUAAUCAAGCUGCAAUAAUGGAACUUGAUGAUACUCUUAAAUACUCUUUCCUGCAGUUUGAUCCAGCACCUCGCAGAGGUGAACCACACGUUACCCGCCGUACCCCGGAUUACUUCCUGUAAAAUCUUAUGUACAGUAUUGCCAUGAAUUAAAAGUUGACCUCUCAAAAUUGGAAGAGCAACAGUAACUUCAAUUACAAAGAAGAGUCUCAAACAUUCAGAAACCUGCCUUCACGGACCAAAAGACGUGCCAUAAUAAGUACAAACCACAGUCUGCAAAUAUCACAUUGUUCUUUUUGAGCACCGGUUCAUCAAUGCAUGCUGAUGUGUGAAAGUUAUGGGUUAAGAGCCAUGGUUUGAGCCUAGGCCUGUUUGUAGACAAGUUACUUUUGCUUUGUUCCAGAGAUUGCAGAGAUAAAGAUGUAAACAUUAAAAACUGCACCUCGUGAUAAUUUUUCUUUUAGCUAUAGCGUUACUAAGCAUGACUUGUAGAUAACAAAAAAAUAGCAGUAAACAAUCAAUGGAGCUUAAAAGAACAUUCGGAAGUACAAAGGCCUCUUUAUUUGUGAGAGUACUGAAAUCUUGUUUCAGGGAAUACUGUUUAAUUUAAUUUCUGUCUCUAAUGUUUUUCCCUUAUUUUGUCUUUGUAUCCAUAUCUGUUUAGUUGUAUGAAUCAAAUCAUUCAUUCUUUCCUCUUUAAGGAAUCAUGUCAGAGGUCUGCUACUUGUUGUUUUUCAUAAUAAACUUGUGACCUAAGAGUUGAAAUAUUUCAAAUUUUAAUUGUAUUUGGGAUUGAAGAGCAAAUGCCUUUAUGUAAAACGCGACACCAACACAUUUGAUUUUAUAAGUGUAUGUGCUACAGGCUCCAGGUUAAAAUAAUAAAGACUGAAAUUAGAGGUUA